AUGCUCGGAUGUAAUUUCAUGUUGCAAAUUAGUGAAGUGCUUAUAGAAGCCAAAGGAAACACGCUACCUUUUGGAGGGAUCAACAUCAUAUUCGCGGGAGAUUUUAGUCAGUUGCCUCCUGUUGGACAACCUCGUCUGUAUGGACAUAUAAACACGUAUCAAGUGGCUACCAAACAAGGUCAGAAUACAGUGCUUGGGAAGUUGUUAUGGUUAUCAAUUACAACUGUGGUGAUUCUCACAGAAGUCAUGCGUCAACAAGGAGCAGAGAAUGAGACCUUUGUCAGCCUUUUGUCAAGAUUACGAACUCGGUUGAUUUCUAAUGUGCGUCCAGAUUGGAAAUUACAGUGGACGGAAGCUCCAAUCAUCGUCAGCAAUAAUGAUGUCAAAGACACUUUCAAUACACAUGCUGUUUUAUCAUUCGCUCGACGGACAAACCGUGCUCUACAUUGGUACCAUUCCACUGAUUAUCAAGGCGGCAGGGAGAUUAUGGACAGAUAUUUGAAAGCUCAUUUGGAAGAUUUGCAUACAGGAAGUACCUGUCAGCAGUUAGGAAAAAUUCCGUUGGUGAUUGGUAUGCCAGUUAUCAUUUCACACAAUUUUGAUGUUGAUGGUGGAGUCAUGAAUGGUUGUCAGGGAAUUCUCAAAAGUGUUCGAUAUACUGUCGACUCACGAGGUAAUUGA